ACCGACGCCAGCAGUCGCCAUUUGGAAACCAGCUCGAUAACACGAGUCGACUUCAACACAAUAUAAAUAAACAUCCAAAAGAAAAUAGUGAUUGCUCCGAUGAAAAUGAAUAAAAUAAGAUCCGGUGUGAAGUAACGGAACUGUGCGAUUGGAUUUAUUAGCGUUCCCGAUGUACUGGGAGAGUGUGGAUUGAAAAGUUGAACUUGGACGUUUUCUAGGACUUAUUGCGAAUGUGUAUUGAAACGUUUAUCGCUAUCCACGGGCGCACUGCUAUGCGCCACGAUUUGGGACAUUUCAUAAGGCACACUUCCUCUGAUCACUACUGCGAAGGAAGAAUUUAGUUUUUAUGACUGAUCCCAAUUGAUGGCGUUGCUCAGCAUCCGGGGCGAUUUUUACGUGUAUUUCUGGCUUCUUUACUGCAAAAUAUAUUCGGCAAUCAUAUGGUUAUUCGGUAAUCACUGUCGCGGCGCUGAUAAGGUCCGCUCGGUGAUAACCGUUGGUGCCGGCGUCCAGUCCUCGGGAGGUAUUCAAAGAGUGCGCACGCGUCGCAAGAGACCGCAGCAGUACCGCUCGAAACACAUAGUCGCGUUAGCAAGAAGACCGUCUUUGAGAAGGAUAGUGAUGGCACCUGGAGCGAGCGCAGCGCACGCCAUGAUGGAAGACAAAGAGAAGACUCUGCACGAAACUUUGGCAGCUGUAUCUAUGCACACCCGUCGCAUCAGCCAGUUCGCGCCUCUCCUCAUUGCGCUGGUGGGGCUACCCGCCCGUGGGAAGAGUCAGCUGGCCCAUCGCCUGUCCAGGCACCUCAACUGGAAUGGAGAGAGUACUAAAGUUUUCGACUGCAGUCAAUACCGUCGCAGACACAUGGCUCUCUACGGUAGCCAUGAUAUCUUCCGCGCGGACAACCAGCAGGGCUCCGCUAUACGCCGGCAGAGCGCUAGGGAGGCGGUACAAGAUGCCGUUCUCUGCUUGAAGGAUGGGAACAGCGUUGCUAUUUUUGAUGGCACCAACAUUACUCGUGAGCAGCGCCGUGAGUUGAAUGACUAUUGUCUCAAUGAGAUGGGCUUCAGGAUUUUAUUCAUUGAAUGUGUAUGUGAAGACCAAGAGCUCCUUGAGAGGAACAUUAUUGAGAUCUUGCAUUAUUCAGCUGAUUAUAAAGACAUGAGUGAAGAAGAAGCAGUAGAUGAUCUGCGGAAGAAGUUAGAGCAUUACAUGAGACAGUACGAGCCAAUUGACGCUGGUGUUGAAGAUAUAAGUUUCGUGCGAGUUGAGAAUAUGGGUGAAACAGUGACUGCUCAUAAAGUUGCUGGGCAGAAAGAAUCCGGGAUACUGGGAUAUUUGUCUGGAAUGAGAGCCUUACCGCAAACUUUAUAUUUCACUCGGCACGGCGAGAGCGAAUACAAUGUCCUGGGUCGCAUAGGGGGUGACGCGUCUCUUUCUGCUCGAGGACAGACCUACGCCCAUGCGUUGGCUGAGUACAUGAAUCCCUUGGCCACCAGGGAGGCCUUCUCCGUGUGGACAUCGGAACUCCGCCGCACUAAGCAGACCGCCGCUGAAAUCAGGGCUCCCAAACGAGCGGUCAGGGCGCUCAAUGAAUUGGAUGCUGGUAUUUGCGAAGGGCUGACUUAUGAGGAGAUGCAAGAGCGUUUCCCCCAGGAGUUCGCAUGGCGGGAUCAGGACAAGCUGCGGUACCGGUAUCCAUGGGGAGAGUCCUACAUCGACAUCAUGACGAGGCUCCGCCCCGUGCUGUCGGCCCUGGAGGACGAGCAUAACGUCAUCGUGGUAGGACACCAGGCUGUGCUGCGUUGCAUGCUUGGAUACUUCCUUGAUGCUAAACUUGACGAACUCCCGUAUAUGAACGUGCCCCUGCACACCAUAGUGAAGCUGACGUCAUACGGCUACAAAUACAAGGUGGAGAUGAUCAAGAUGCCGGUGGAAUGCGUGGACACACACCGCAUGCAGCCCAAGAAUUGUUCCAUCAACCGGACGACGGCGGACGCAUUGGUGACGGUUCCAUCACACUACGACACCUUACCAUCCAACAUAUGGCAGAACUCCGAAGCACAACUUUAGGGGCCUCGGCUCGACCCUCGUGGUCACCGGACCUUACCACUUCAGCAUUAGGGCCUCAGCCCCUAGACCUUGUCGGGACACGUCCACGGUUGUGAAAAACCUGGACGAAACGCGCCUCCUUUAAGUCUCUAAGACUAUACAAAGGACUCCUGUGUGAAUCUCACCUUGUAUUGCUUUGAAGUAGCAUUUCAAGACUAGUUUAAACAAGUGUCGUCAAUUAAGACGUGCCCUUAGUAUUUCAGAUCUUAGCUCAAGGAAUGUACAAGAAUGUGAUGAAUUUUGUAUGAUAUUGUCUUUUCCAUUUACUAAUAAGACUGAGAGUAUCUUACCCAAUCCAUGAUCAUCAGAUUCAACCUCAUAUACCUAAACUAUGUGUUCUUUAGUUGCGUAGACGACUUUGGUAUUUGCUUUGUUUAGUUUAAUUUUAUCGUAAUCAAGAACAUAAUUAAGAUCUACGAAUUGAAUGUAUGUGUUUGUUGUAAGUUUCAUUUUAUGUUAGUGAAGUAAAAUAGGUUACCGCUUGAUCUUAUCUUGCGAUAAGUUAAUAUCUUAACUCUAGCAUCAUUUGUAACUGCAUAUAAGUUUAUAACUGUUUUCAAGAUAGCAUCAGAUAUCUUAAGAUAAGUCGUGUGCAAUUGUUUAAUCACUCACUAUUGCGUUAUAUUUUAAAUGAUUAGUAAGUCUUAAGCCGGGAUUAAUACCGCAAUUUCACAGUUAUGCUGUCACUUGCUUUAUCUAAUUAAGCGUUGAUAUCUCCGAUUUAUCACUAGGUAUAUGAUAUUGAAACGUACUUAGCAUAGAUUUUUUCGUAAAUAGUUAAAUCCCAAUGUUGGGGCCGUAAUUACAGAAAAUAGUUUAUUUUAAUGUAAGUUGUAAAUGUACGGAUUGAGGUAAGCGUUUGAUAUUGCAGUAAAAUUUGUAAGCUUCUUUAUUGGAUAAGAAGAAAUAUGAUGAAUGUCUUAGAUGACAUUGGGAUUUUUUAUAAUAAAUAGAACUAAUAGUUUAAAA